GCUCAACAUGAUCUAGAGAAACCUGUUACAAUUGCUGACCAUCUGGGCCCACGAGUUCAGAUUGAACGCGUAUUACAUCUUCAUUCAUCCAUACUUGCCGCUGUUGCCCCCUCCCACUGAGCCUCUACGACCGGACAUUCCUGCUGUAUAUCAGCCUUCGCCAGGCGAAGCGGGGGCUGUAGAUUACGCUUGUCUAUCGUAUCGCCCGAUGUCUUGCUUGAGCGUGGCGCUCUCCGCGAUUCUCGCGCUGAUUCCACCUCCACAGGAUGAAAACCCCUCCGAUCCCUGCUGUGUGUGGUUACGAAGGUCUUACUCCAAUCUCUUUGCCCAGUCGGCCUUGGACAGCGCGGAGCGGGACAUUUUGGAGCCAGAUGGCUUCCGGACCCCUCAUCCUCCGUCUGAUUAUAGCCAGAGAUUCCACCCUGACCUUCCCGUCAGAUUACAGCCGAUCUUAACCUUGAUGAUUCUGGGGGUAUAUGAUUGCUGUCAGAAUGGUAAUAUCCAUCGCAUGCGCAUGCGUGUCAAUCAAGCCAUCACGACCGCGAUGGAUAGCUUGCUCCACCAAUUGGAUGAAACUGCAUCUGAGGCUCAACGUCGCGCAUGGUGGAUAGCGAUGAUCCUCGGAUAUCAAUCUGCCGCCGUUAACUCAUCGUCCCCUAUCAUCACUACCUGUGAUCCUAGAAUCACAACGCCUUACCCGGCUUUUGAGGCGGGGACGGACGGUUUAGAGCCGUGGUCAUUGAUAUUGAAAGCUCAUGCGGCUCAUGACUCCGUGAGCGCCAUGGUGCGGCUGAUAACUGCGCAGAAUGCUCAAGCUCCAUCGUCGCCGGAUAUGAGAGACAAGAUCGCACAUUUAGAUAGGUCAAUUCUCUCACUAUCGACUGAGUGUGAUUCGAUCUACCCCUCGACUCAGAGCAAUAGUGCCGACGGGCUCGCGAGACAGAGCUUUGCGUUGAUUGCCUGCGCCCUCACCCAUAGUGCCCGGAUCAAACUGCACCGAUUCAGAGCCUUUUCGGACAUCCCCAUCUUUCUCGAAAAGCACUGUGAUCUGUCCUCUCUUCGAACGGAUGGGAGCUCACCGCAAGAAUUCUCCUCCGCCGCAGUGAUGGAGAUUGAAUCGUUCUUCCCUCUCAGUAAGGAUGAAUCUUCCAUGAUAUGUCUGAAAUCCGCACUAGCCGUCUCCCGUGCCUUCAGGGACAUACCUUAUCCACACUUCCCCCUCUCCAGGUCCCCGGACAUGGACAGUUCUGCCAGCGACGCUUCGGGGCCCGGUCGGGAGACAUAUUACGGCUCAUUACCUUAUUUCAAAUGUGCGGCCAUGCAGGCGUCCUACGUGCUGUACAUGCUGGUGCAUCGUGUGCGGGCCGCUCUUUUGACGAAACGGCUUUCAAUCUGUUACCCUUUGUUAAACCACCCCGACGUGGCUACGGAGAAACAGGAUGCCCACAGGCUGGUCGAAGAGCUACGCAACGGAGCCCAUUCGUUACUCCUGUUCAUGAAGCGAGAUCUGGUCUACGAAGGCACUGUCGCUAUGGUCAAUGAUCUCGAUGCAGCCUAUAGCUCGUUGUUUGGGUCCCUUCAGCGGCACAGGUGAAUCUGUCAGAGACGACAAUUUGCUGGCCGACUUACCGGCAAUGCAAAGCAUCGCUUCGGAGAACUUCCCUCCACGGCCAGAGGUCCUGAAUUCGAAUCCGCGCGGGCGCAUGUCCUCUAUCUCAUGUCCAAAGCACACAUCUUGACUACGUGUUCGCGAUUAUGAAUGUACUUAUUCUACAACAAUCA